AUGAUCAUGAGCCUAGCAGCUCACGAUCUAUUUAACCGAACUCAUGCGGACCAAGAGCAUCAGCGCCAGGAAUUCUAUUCGUCUAUGCUUCAGCACAAACUACAAUCCCUCCGGGACAUGCGGCAACUUUUAUGCAGCAGCAAAGGCCUGCACGAUACCUAUGAUUCCAUAAGUCAAUACGAGAAGGAUGGUCUUUUGAUGGCUGUUAUGCUGCAUAGUUUGAUGGAAAUCGCCACGAAUAGUACCAGGGAAUGGGUUGUACAUACCCUUGGAGGGCUGUCAAUGGUAAAACGAUACGGGCACGAGCCAUUCAGUCCAGAAGUUUAUCGUUUUGUCACCGAUCACUUCUCGCUUUUCGAAGCUUUUCUUGCUACCACAGGGACUGAACUUGAAAUUGAAGACCUAAAUGGCUGGCUAGUACCACAGCGAAAGUCCAUGUUCCCAAUAUUAAGAUCAAUACAUGGCCGCUCACGGAUCAACCCUUACACAGGGCUAUCAUCAGAGCUUAUCCAAAACAUCACCUCGAUAACUUCAACCAUCCAGCGUCAUUCGGAAGCAGGUUCAGAUAGGAAAAGUGCGACUAUCAUGCGUACGGAGUUGCAAGCCGUAGAGGACCGACUCAGUGAACUGCAGCAGUGGUCCGAAGACUCUGAUAUGGAAAGUCUGAUUUAUAUCAACGCGGCGGCAUUCGAGGCUGCAGCCUGGGUAUAUCUUCGAGUGGCUCAGUAUGGGUGUGAUGCGGAAGAGAUACAGAAAAGCCUAAUGCCAAAGCUGUUUGAAGCGAUACGCCGAGUUCACGAACGGCGGGAUGCUCUUGUUGGGUCAGUGCCGUACCCGCUAUGGGCUCUGUUCGUUGCAGCUUGUCUUGCCCCCGAGCACGAAAGGAUUCAGGUGUUGGACUGGUUCGAAGAGCUCAAGGGGUGCCGCUCACUGAGCAAUGUGUCUAGUACGAUGGAGGCGACAAUGAUGACUGGCGAAGACAAUAAUGGAUCUAGUAUAGGUGGCUACAAGCUUGCGGCAGACACCUACGACAGGGAGGGCAUCCUGCUUCCGAGGACCGGCUCCAUAAGGCAAGAGACAAUGAAAUACAUAUUUCAACACACCUCUCAACUCGACGCACAACACUCGCAUCACUAG